AUUGGCCAGUAAUUGGAAUGGAUGAUAAAACCGUGAUCGCUGUUGACACGAUAUUUUAUAUACGCAAAUUUUUUUUUUAGAAUAGUAAUAAAGUGGAAAGAAAAUGCUGGUAAUUGUUUAGAUUCCCGUCCCUCCCCCUUUAUUUCUGAUUUUGGUAAAAUUAGGCUUCGACGCGUUUCUGCACGAAACAAAGGAAUUUGGCCGAAAAAAUGCGACACAGUCCCGCGAAGUGAAAUAUUAAUAAUUAAAAUUGACUAUUCUGGCCGCGCCUGGAGGAGAGUGGGAAGAAAGGGGAGAAGAACGGAACUCUCCACGUGCUCCACAAUGCAAAGAUGUACAAUCUCUUACUAUAGAUGCCACAACUAUAAGCAUAAUACAUAUAAAUGAAUAUCAUUCAUUACGCUGUUAAUCACAGGUCACACACUAUGGCUGCCAAAAAACUCAUUUACCCUGCGGCGGAUCGUAAUAAGGACCCAAUAUUAUCGGUUUUAAAACGAUAUAUCCAACCUGGCACAAAUCAGACCCUCCUGGAGAUAUCCUCCGGUACGGGACAACACGUGGCACAUUUCGCACCGCAUUUUCCACAAGUUACAUUUUACCCCUCGGAAUACGACCCAAAACUUCUGGAUAGCAUUGCUGCGUACGCGAAUGGAUACUCUAAUAUAAAAAGUCCCAUUAGAAUUGAUAUCACCACUGACUACCGGUUAUGGAGUAACGGUAUCUUCAAAUCGAAUAGUUUAGAAUAUAUAUAUAAUGCGAACAUGAUACAUAUUUCGCCGUACCAGUGUACUAUUGGUUUAUUUAACAAUGCGAAUCAGUUGCUGAAACCAAAUGGGUUACUAAUCACCUACGGACCGUAUGCUUUUGAUGGUCAAAUCACUCCGCAAAGUAAUAUAGAUUUCAACGAGUCCUUGAAAUUGCAGGAUCCAAGUUGGGGUUUGCGAGAUGUAACAGUUUUAAAAAAAUUAGCUGAAGAGAAUAAUAUUAGAUUAAUAGAAAUCGUAGAUAUGCCCGCUAAUAAUAAAACGAUAAUUUGGAAAAAAUGUACUCAUUCAUAAGUAAUUGAAACUCAUCAGGUUUGUCAUAUAAUUGAAAAAAUUAUCCCUAAUUGUAAGCUUAAAUAUAUAUGUAUAAGUUUAUUUUUAUUCUACAAAGUUAAAGCAUCACUUUUUUAUCGCACAAGCGCGAUUGUUACAAAUAUGUUUAAUACUGCUACAAUUAUACAUCCUAUAUAUACAUCUUGUAUACAGACGUAUAUGACUAUUAAAAAUAUUGUAUAUACAUA